AUGGAAGGAAGGGAGCUGCCGCGCCGCAUGAUGAUGUCGGAGCAGCUGUCCAACGUUGAUUCUUCCGAUCCCCGAGACCACGUCAAGGUUCGGGAGGAGGACGAGACCGACCAAUCUUGCCGCCAGAGCAGCGAUUCGGUGGCUCUCACGUGCGAGAAGAGGGAAAGCUCCACGGCCUCAGGCGGCCUCCGCGGCGGCGGAAGGAGGCUGUUCGACGUCAUCCAGCAGGUGCGUGAGGCGAAUGCGGCCGCCGCGGGCGGGAAUUCCUCCGGCAGCGGCUCCAAAUGGAAGUCGUUAAGGGACCGCAUCCGCCGCGCCGGCGCAGCCUGGGCAGCGGCGUCCUCGGCCCAGCCUCACCCCAUUUCGGACCCCGAGCUCGUUGUCCCCUCCCGCCGCAGCCCCUUCCUCGGCCGUUCUGUCUCCCGCUCGGUCUCUGUGAGGAACCCGUACCCGAUCUCCGACCCCGAGCUCGUCGUCUCCUCCCGAUCCAACCCCGUCCGCGACCGCUCUGUUUCUCUCUCCGUCUCCGUUCGGAACUCCGAGCCUCCCGUCCCAGAACCCACGGUCAUGGCGGCGGCCUCGGAGAAAGCGGCCGCGGUCAGCAGCGCAGGAGGAAACACAGAGUUCGGCGGCGGCCAAAAGUACGAGGAGGAGGAUGAGAAGGGGGACGGGGAGGGAGAGGGAGGGGAGCAGCCGGCUAGGAUGUCAUUAAUGGCGUUACUGGACAUGCAAUGGGGCGGAAGCGGAAAGGAAGGGUUAGAGGCGGAGGAGGAGGAGGAAGACGAGGAGGAAGAAGAGGAAGUGGCGGAGGAGGAGGGGGAGGGGGCCGGAGAUGGGAUGUUGUACGUGUGCUGCGUGUGCAUGGUGCGUCACAAGGGGGCGGCGUUCAUCCCCUGCGGCCACACCUUCUGCCGCCUGUGCUCCCGUGAGCUGUGGGUCAGCCGCGGCAACUGCCCCCUCUGCAAUGGCUACAUCCUCGAGAUCCUCGACAUCUUUUAGCAGCUUUCCUCUCUCGAUUGCCAUCAAAACUCUUUUUUUAUCUUUCUCUCUCAAUUGCGCCUUCUUAUAAUAAUAAUAAUU